GAGGUUUGGCUGGGGCGUUGGGGGACGCGAUGCGACGCGACGCAAGGGGUUUAAGUGGUUGCACGUGAUUUUCAUUUUAUGGGUGGGGAUUUUACCCUUUUGGACCCCGACGCGGAAUUCUAAGGAUUAAUGAUAUACCUAAUAGUUUACUGCUUACAGUAAUGAACGCCACUGUACCCAAUGCCUUGACUCGGAAGUGCUUGGUAUGAAGUCUUGCUGCCUACUGGUUUGCCGAUAAAUAUGGCCGAAAACCUUCUCUAAUCGCUGCUGCUGUGUGGACCACAAUCGGUGUCAUCUUCCAGUAUGCUACCACACGGCCCGCUUCCCCUCCAACAUACUAAUGGGAACAGGUCUGCGGGCUCUGGUAAGCUUGCCCUGAUGUACGUGGGCCGUUUUGUUAGUGGAAUUGGAGUCGGGGUAUGUACUUCUACUGUCUCUUUCUAUGUCAAAGUUUGAGAUUCUAAUGAACAUGCAGGCCGCUUCCAUGUUGGUGCCAGUCUACAUUUCCUAACAGGCUCCUGGAGCCAUCCGCGGUGGUUUAACCGGUCUGUACCAACUAUUCAUCGCCACUGGUGUCAUGCUUUCAUUCUACUACGGCGCAUCAUUGCACAUGAAGGGCAAGGACACCUACGUUAUCCCUUUGGCUCUCCAGAUGAUGCCCGCCGUGGCUCUCGUGAUCGGCAUGCUCUUCUGUAACGAAUCCCCCCGCUGGCUUGCACGCCAGGACAAUUGGAUUGUGGCUAAGCGCGUUCUCUCCUUGACCCGCAACCUCCCAGUCGAGGACGAGUACAUCCAGAUGGAGCUUACCGAAAUGGCUGACCAGCUGGAGAAUGAGCGCCGCCUAAUCGGAGGUGCAAGCUUCAUGGACUUGCAGCGCGAGAUGUGGACGAUCCCCGGAAACCGCAACCGCGCGCUUCUAUCCAUCGGCCUCAUGGUCUGCCAGCAAUGA